AUGCACAACCCCAUCUCCGGCCCCGGUGUCCUCUUUGUCCGCUCCCGCAUCUCACCCGCCUCGCACCCCCUCCUCUCCGAAUCCACCUACCUCACCUGGUACGACACCGAGCACAUCCCCGAUGUCCUCUCCAGCCGCGAUAUCAACAACGCCUUCCGCUACAUCGACGUCUCUAAAACAUCUCCUAUCGGCGACUCACGCAACCCAACCCCGUUUUUGGUAUGCUACCCCAUGCCUGAUCUAGCUUUCACGAAAAGCGAAAAGUUUAGAGGGAUUAGCGUGGAGAGUGAGAAGUUGCCGGGGAGUGGCUUGAUAUAUGAUCUUGCCAAUUUCGAGGUUAGUUAUUUGGGGUUUAGGGGGGUGACGCAGAGGAAGGGAGAUGGGCGAGCAAAAUUUAUAGUUACUGCUGGAAUUAGACCGGAGCGGGAGCCUGAAGAGGAAAAGGUGAUGGAGUUCUUUGAGAAGCAAACGGCUAUGAUAUCGAAAGAACCGCAUUACAUCCGUACGUUACGUUUUAAGUUGGUGUAUGCAAGGACGAAUGCGCAGUCUCGCGCUUUGAAGGGGCUACCUGCUACUGAUGAGCCGCAGCCUGAGCCAUCGACUUGGGUGGCUAUUCAUGAGUUUGCGGAGUUGCCUGAGGAGUCGUUACUAGAGAGGAUCAAGAGUGAUGCGGAGACGACCUUGAAUGAGUCAGCAAAUGAUGAAGGAUGGGGGAAGACGGAAAGUGAAGUGCAUGUUUGGAAGGUAGAUAGUGUCCAAGGGGAAGGCAAGUUCUUUGAUGAUUGA